AGUGUAAGCCAGUCACUGAUUGGCUUUCCGAGGGCUUGCAGCGUGGCCGCUUUAAUAGUCGUGAAAAUGUUAUCAUUCGAUACGGGUGGAUAAAUUAGAUGCUAUGCGAAGAAGAAAAAGGAAGCCAAAUUAUUGUUUAGUGCAAAACCGAUAAGCAGCAGUGAGUAUGCGAAUUGUGAAGAUGAUAGAUAUACGAUUGUUCCAUCGGCAGCGGAGAAGAUCUUCAUCGAUUUUCGGCGGUCGAUUGUCGGCGGAGCAGCUUAGGAUAAGUGCAAUCAUUGUGAUCGUAAUCGUUGGAUUUUUUGGAAGCAGCAAUGCAGUGUCUCAAGAUGGUCUAGUGGAUCUGAUUCAGCAAUUCGACUUACCUAGGCUACCAUCAGGUGUAACUCCCGUGCCGGGCAUGUGCAAUGAAACUCGAAACGAAUAUCAAACCUACGCAGCGGCUGCAUACAACCUGAACCAGGACACCGUGCUCAGCAUUGGAACGACUCAGCUGUUUCCAAAGGGAUUCCCAUCCGAUUUCUCCAUUUUGGUGGUGCUCAAAGCCACGCCCAAUCAGGUUCGGGUCCCGCUGUUCACGGUGUAUUCGUCCGAUUCGGAAGAGGUGCUAAUGUUGAUGGUUGGAAUGGAAGUGGCCCUUUACUAUCAAGAUACGGACGGUCACCCGGAGGAAGAGAGCCUGAUCAGUUUCGGCGUGAGCAUUGAUGAUGAAAGAUGGCAUCGGUUGGGAAUCAGUGUGAAAGGAGACUCUGUAACGCUGAUCAAGGAUUGUAACGAGCAGAUUACUCGACGGUUGAGACGGGAGCCUGGUUCAGUUAUCGCCACCGACGGUUUGGUUUUAACAGGCGUUCAACUAAAUGAAGAUGAUGGGUUUUACACUGGAGAUGUCCAGCUGUUCAUGUUUGCUGAUACUCCGGAUGAAGCAUUCCACAUCUGUACCAAAUAUGCUCCCGACUGCGCAGGAACGGGAUAUGGUUCGGAAACCGUGAUUUCUUCCGGAUAUAGUCAUUCCAGCCAAACUUCAUCAGGACAAAAUAGCUCAUCAUCGUCUUCGUCUUCAUAUAAUCGUAAUCAGGGUUUUAGUAAUUCAAGAGACCAAGUAAAUUCGUUUGUCGUAUCUUCAUCUGGAUCGACUGGCAACAAUUACGGAGGGCAUCGCGAGUUUGUUGAUGUUACGGGGGAUACAGAUGGACUGGAGAUUAUAGGAGAAGACGAUGAAUAUUACAACAAUUUGGAAUUGGAAGGAGAAGAUAGACAUGUUGAGCAGCACCAAUAUAGUACAAGUACACAACGUAGCAAUACGGAAAGGCAUCGAGUAGAAAUCAACCAAACUAGACCAGUAAUUGUCGAUCGAACUAGUAGAAGACCCAUUCUACCGCUUCCAGAUCCAGAAUAUGACUCUUCGGCAUCGAAUAGUAAUCGUCCUAGCGGAAGCCAACCUGAUGUAGAAAACAGUCAAGAUCCUGAUGACACGUCGGUUUCAUUUCCAGCUUCAACUACCGGCAACUACAACAUCACCAGUUUCCGAACAAUAAUAGGUCCCAGAGGUCCUCCAGGGGAGCCAGGACCCAGAGGUGAGCCGGGACGUGAUGGUUUACCGGGGCAAACUGGUCCAUCUGGUCAACCGGGUCACGUGUUCAUGAUUCCUCUGAGCCAAACUGCCAAUGAGAAAGGUCCGGACUCACAGGCAGAGGCUUUUCGUGCGAUGCUAUCCCAACACAUGAUGGCUAUGCGGGGCGUGGAUGGUCCAAUGGGUUUAACAGGAGUACCCGGCCCCGUCGGUCCACCCGGACCAGAGGGAACCAAAGGUGAACCAGGGGAUAUUGGAGAACCAGGAACUCGCGGGUUACGAGGAGCACAUGGUUUACCUGGCCGGGAAGGUCGCCGUGGUAGAGCCGGUCGAGAUGGUGAACGAGGAGCAGUCGGUCUGCAGGGCUCUAAAGGAGAACCAGGUCCGAUUGGGUUGCCGGGUAUGGUAGGAGAAAAGGGAGAAAGAGGCAGACACGGCAACGUCGGUGAAAAGGGCGCGCAAGGGCAUGAAGGAAUCCAGGGAGAAGAUGGCCCUCCGGGAUUGCCUGGUCUACCCGGGGAGUUAGGACCACGUGGUUUUGCUGGACCUCGUGGCUUCCCAGGUCCCACAGGCAAUCCAGGCAUACCAGGAACAGAAGGUCUCCCAGGGGUUAAAGGAAAUCCUGGCCCUCAAGGUCAACCGGGAGCUCCUGGUCAAACUGGCUCCACUGGUCCUGUUGGACCUCCAGGACCGCAAGGCAAUAUGGGUCCACCAGGUAUUGCGGGUCCACAUGGUAAACCUGGUCUUCCUGGUUUGCCUGGAGCAGACGGAGCUCCAGGACGUGAAGGUAACCCUGGCAUUGCUGGGCCAAAAGGUGACAUUGGUCCUCAAGGUGUACAAGGCUCCAUAGGAUUCCCUGGAAAUCGAGGUCCCAAAGGUGACGAUGGUGAGCGAGGUUCCGCUGGUGACAAAGGCGAUAGAGGCGAACGAGGUCAUGAUGGUGAAAAGGGUGACAUGGGUCCACCAGGCGAAAGAGGCUUAACUGGUCCAAUAGGCAUUGCCGGCAUUGAAGGCCCUGAAGGGCCAAAAGGUUUCGAAGGUCCUCGUGGGGAAACUGGGCAAAUGGGUUUACCGGGUGAGAAGGGCAAACAAGGUGUUCAAGGAUUUGCUGGAUAUCCCGGUCCAACUGGAGAUAAAGGUGAUAAGGGAAUAGUAGGAAUUCCUGGAUUAGCUGGCGAUAAAGGCGAAAGAGGAAAUGUUGGACUCCAAGGUGAGCGUGGUGAAGUAGGACCUAGAGGAUUCCGAGGAGCUCGUGGUCGACGAGGUGCUGAUGGAACACCAGGACCAAAAGGUGAUACCGGCCAGCCGGGGGCUCCUGGGCCACAGGGAGAAAUGGGUAGUCAAGGAAUGGAAGGACCCCGUGGUUUCAUAGGCCUCCCUGGACCUCAAGGAAACAACGGAAAAGAUGGUCCUCAAGGUACACCAGGCGAGCGUGGUCCUCCGGGUGAAAACGGAAAUCCAGGUCCAACUGGUAAUCCUGGUGUUAUUGGUCCGCAAGGACCUACCGGAGAACCAGGUCCGAUUGGAGAACCAGGGAUACCUGGGUUGCCCGGAAUGCCAGGUGAACCCGGUGUUCCUGGUGAUAGCGGAAAAGAAGGACAAGUUGGCCCUCCAGGACCACCAGGCAAAAACGGUCCUCCAGGAGGACAAGGUCUUCCUGGAUUCCCCGGCGAACGAGGCAUGAUGGGCAUGCCGGGCUUACCUGGAUUGAAAGGAGAAAUCGGGGUACCAGGCUUGGCUGGACCUGUCGGAGACAAAGGUCAACCUGGUGAACCUGGAAAGGAAGGACCUCCUGGUCCGGAAGGCCGCAGGGGUCCACCAGGGCCAGCAGGACCAUCGGGAUUGAAGGGAGAACGAGGUGAAAUGGGACUCCUAGGGCCAAUUGGCCGAGAUGGACUUCCGGGGCAGCGUGGACUAACGGGACCACCAGGACCUCAAGGCUCACCCGGUGAGGAUGGCGAUAAAGGAGAUGUUGGCCCUCCAGGCGAGAAAGGAUUUAAAGGAGCUCAGGGUGAAACGGGUCCUGUUGGAUCGCUGGGUCCUCAAGGAAGUCGCGGGGAACCAGGUUCGGUUGGACCUCCAGGAGAAAAAGGACCACCCGGUGAAAUGGGUCGUGCUGGCUCAAAGGGGGAAGAUGGGCCGACAGGCCUUCCCGGCCCCCCAGGUCCAGCUGGUGCUCAAGGGAUGCCCGGACCGUCUGGAAUUAAGGGAGAUCGAGGUGACGACGGACCAGUAGGACCUGCAGGCUCUCUCGGGCCUCCAGGAGAACCUGGGAGACGAGGAUCUCGUGGACUUGAAGGUGCUCCAGGAGCAACCGGACCACCUGGCCCUCAAGGUUUGAUUGGAGAAUCUGGGCCACAAGGACCACCAGGUCCAGAUGGACCUGAAGGUAAGGAUGGUGAAAAGGGAGCUCCAGGUCCAAAAGGCGAAGAAGGUAAAAGUGGGCCCCCUGGACCUCCUGGCAACAGAGGUCCUGCAGGUCCGGAAGGACCGAAAGGUGUUGUAGGUGCUCCUGGCUUCCCCGGAAAUCCCGGAGAGCCUGGUGUUGUGGGACCAAAGGGUGACAUUGGAAAGGACGGCGAAGAUGGAAAGCAAGGUGAACCGGGUCAACCUGGUGAUCCAGGCCCACAGGGUGUUCCUGGAGAAGUCGGUCCUCCAGGAAAAAUAGGACCAGAAGGCGCGGCUGGGCUACAAGGAUCUGCAGGACCACCCGGUGAGAAGGGUGACAUCGGCUUACCAGGUCCAAUUGGCAAUCCCGGACUAAUUGGUCCCCAAGGCAUGCCAGGUGCACAAGGUUUACCAGGACUACGAGGAUCACCAGGCGCUUCUGGUGAAAUUGGGCCUGUUGGAAAAUCUGGAGAAUCGGGUGCGCCCGGAAAGAUUGGUGAGACGGGAGCAAAAGGUCAAAAGGGUGACCGUGGUCGUCGAGGUCUGAAGGGACAUCGAGGAGAACUUGGCAUGGUUGGAUUGAAGGGAGACAGCGGAGAAAAGGGCGAUAAGGGAGUUAGAGGUGUACCUGGUCCAGAUGGUCCGAAGGGUCCUGCCGGCCCAAUCGGUAUAAUAGGUUUGAAGGGAAAUGACGGCCCACAAGGUCCUCCAGGAAAUGAAGGACCACUGGGUUCGAAAGGAUCAGAAGGGGUUGCUGGUAUGAAGGGAGAACCUGGUCCGCCCGGACCUCCUGGUCCACCGGGUCCACCAGCUGAUGCUCCUCUUAUUCCGCCGGAACUGUUAUUCAGAAUGGGAGAAUUUUCCAUUACGAAAGGAGAGGAUCGAAUGAAGCGUGAAGCUGAAGACAUUCCGGAUGAAGAAGACGACUUUGAUGAAGAGCUGUUGAAGAUUGAGCCCAAGAAAAAGAAAAAGAAGAAAAAGAUUAAGGACGAAAUGGGUCCAAAGUUUUUGGAUAUGUACAGCUCCAUCUAUUCUAUGCGACAAGAACUGGAUCGAAUUAGAAAACCUGUUGGUUCCAGAGAAAAUCCCGGCAGAACUUGCAGAGAUUUGCAUUACGGACACCCACAGUUCAAGGAUGGUUGGUACUGGAUCGAUCCGAAUCUUGGAAUGGCAGAUGAUUCCGUAUACGUCUACUGCAACAUGACAGCCGAAGGAGAGACUUGCGUUUUCCCGGAUCUUCACAGCUCUCAAAUGCCAAACAUUCCUUGGAGGAAGGAAAAUGAUAAGACGGAUUGGUAUUCGAACUUGAGGGGUGGAUUCAGGAUUUCUUAUGAAACGGUUGGAGUUGUACAAAUGACAUUCUUGCGAUUGCUGGCCGAAAGUGCAUACCAGAAUUUCACAUACACUUGUAUGAAUAGUGUGGCUUGGUACAGCACUCAAGAGGAUAGCCAUGACGACGCGAUACGGUUCCUCGGCGAGAAUGAAAUCGACAUUGGAUUCGAAAACUCGAAGUUGCGACCGAAUGUUCUGGUGGACGGUUGUAAAACGGGAAAGAGUAAAAGUGAAACCGUUUUCGAGAUUCGUACGAAUAAACUACAGUAUCUGCCGAUAAUUGAUUUCUAUCCAGUGGACUAUGGUGAGCCACAGCAAGCUUUCGGCUUCCAAGUAGGACCAGUGUGUUUCAAAUAGUCUCGAAUAGGCGCUGAUGACCGACAAGUUGCUAAAAAGAAUUAAAAGGAUUUGAUUUACGGAUGUAGCUGAGGAUGACGCUAGAUUUUUUUUUUUGCAUUCUGCAAAAAGGUAUUCCUAUUUAAUGUUAUUUAAAUUAUUUCUAAGGAACUAUUUAGAUCUAGGAAAACACACCAACUAGAAUUAAACAAAGGGGAACUAGGCUAAACUUAGGUAAGGAUGCAACUACAAGGACUGAAUAACAUCAUAAGUCAGGAGGGGAAACUACCAUUGAACAUCGACGACUUAGUUGUAAAAGUACAUUGAAAUUAGUUAUAGAGCAAAUGCACACUCAUUCCAAACUCAUGAAAAACACCGAGAAUCCCGAAAUCACUGCCGAGAACCUGAUUUGUGAAUUGUUGAAUAAAAAAAUGCGAUUCAAUUGAAAA